AUGCCUGGUGUGAACCUCCCCAUUAGUCAUGUGGGCUUUUAUAUGCUUACGCUACUCCUGUGCGCUUUUCUACACGAAGCAGGGCAUGCCAUGGCUGCUUUGCGUGAACGUGUUCGUUUACAUGGAUUCGGUGUGUUUUUGUUUGGAUUCUACCCCGGUGCUUAUGUGGACUUGAAUACGGCGGAUCUUCAGAGCCUCAAACCACUUGGUCAGUUGCGUGUCUAUUGUGCUGGAGUGUGGCACAACGUCAUCAUUGCCGUACUUAGUGCAGCAGUGUUCUACGCUAUACCACUUCUCCUUUCCCCCGGUUACCAUAUCGGUACCGGUGUUGGGGUCACUUUUUUGCGAGAGGUAAGUACUGAUCUUCAACAUAUCAUACACAGUUUUGCCCUAUGUUACCCCAAAUGUACAUCGAAUCCAAUCGUUCAUUAUGAUGCCUCUUCCGCACACAACUACCCCAUCCUUUAG